GACGGAGCCUGGGAGAGCCUCUGCUCUUUGCCUCUGUGCUAGUGCUGCGUGUGUGUGCGUACGCGCUGCCACUAAGCAAAUUUGCCGGGCGGGAUUUCCGCAAAUUAUCAAGUAUGGCGAAGACUUACGAUUAUUUGUUUAAACUGCUGUUGAUCGGGGAUUCGGGAGUCGGGAAGACAUGCGUGCUCUUCAGGUUUUCAGAAGACGCCUUUAACUCGACUUUUAUCUCAACUAUAGGUAUCGAUUUCAAGAUUAGGACAAUAGAGUUAGACGGCAAGAAGAUCAAGUUACAGAUAUGGGACACAGCAGGACAGGAGCGAUUCAGGACAAUCACAACGGCGUAUUACAGAGGCGCUAUGGGCAUUAUGCUGGUGUAUGACAUUACCAAUGAAAAGUCCUUUGACAACAUAAAGAAUUGGAUUAGGAACAUAGAAGAGCAUGCAUCAGCAGACGUGGAAAAGAUGAUUCUAGGCAACAAAUGUGACAUCAAUGAGAAGAGACAAGUUUCCAGAGAACGAGGAGAAAAGUUGGCGUUAGAGUAUGCCAUCAAGUUUAUGGAGACGAGUGCGAAGGCCAACAUCAAUGUGGAAAACUCAUUCUUAACACUCGCCAGAGACAUUAAAGCAAAGAUGGACACGAAACUGGAGGGUAACAAUCCCCAAGGCAGCAAUCAAGGAGUAAAGAUCACCACUGAGCAACAAAAAAAGAGCAGUUUCUUCCGCUGUGUUCUACUGUGAAGACCAAGGCCUUAUUGUCCUCCACCCUGGGGCUGGACUCAACUGGACUGUGCUCAUGUUUUUAGCACUUCUCUCUCUGUCUCUCUCUCUCUCUCUCUCUCUCUCUCUCUCUCUAUGUUUCAGCACCACUCUGCUUCCAGCCCUGGCACAGCUGAAGUGCUCAGCUCCUCUCUUUUGCUUCCAUUGAUAUGUGGUUUCUUCCAGCUUGCAGCCCGUUUCCUGAGGGCAUGACAGGCUUGCUUAGCUUCUAUUGGUUUGUUUAUGAUUUUGUCAUCAUUGUUCUCAUCUCUUCAUGAAGUUUGCACCCUAAAUAAGACAUUCCCGUUUACACUCACAAGUCUUAUCGGUCCUCUUCCUGCAGCACAGAAGCGUUUGAUAAAAGUCCUUCUGGGCUUUAGGCAGAGUUUGGUCUGAAAUGUUGAGGAUCAUUUCUCUCUCAUGCUUUCUUUUAUAGACAAUCACAAAACAAUAUAGUUUACAGGAAUCUUUAAAAGAAAGAACAACAGGAAAAAUUGUUUUAAAGAAUAAUCUUGUGUUGUAAUUUAAUAUAGUGGCUCUUUCUGCAGUCAACAUUCCAUUAUUAAAAAUAACAGUAUUUUUCUAAAGAAGUAAUUAGUGUAGUUGUUCUGAUUUUGCAUUCAUACAGCAAAAUAACCAAUGAAUCGAUCUAGGGUGUUUUUUUUUUUUUAUUAUUAUUAAAUUAAACCCUGGUAUAAAAUUGCCCUUAGAAAAAGCACACAACAAGCCAACCUCAGAAUACCGAGUCUUUGAUUCAACCCUCCUAUAAUAAAAUCCUGGGGACAUUUAUUCAGAUCAGAAACUAAAUUCCAACCUUAUCUUGAAAAAGGUCUAUUUUUGUCAUCACCCCAUCACUGUCAGUUUUUAUUUAAUUUGCGUCUGAUUUUGCUUAGAAAAGCACACGUCUUAGUUACGCAACAGGAAACAGCUGUUUUGUCAAAGAUUUGCCUAGACCCAUAGCACACAUUGUCACUUCCUGUUAGAGACCAUAGAUGGCGUCACCCAGUAAGGCUCACCAACACUUCCCACCCAUUUCCUAUGCGCACUUCAAUUAUUAUAGUCCAUGUGACUGGACAUAUCAGCACAGAGAACAGCUGCUCGUGUCAUUUGUGUUGGCAGCCGCUUUCUUAUUUCUCAGUUUUUUUGCUGACAUGAAAUAAAUGUGUAUCUGUUUAAUCAGAGCUAGCAAUAGGCCAGGAGAGCCAAUAAUCUACCAGCGCUAAGACACCCCUAAUAUUGGGAGAGAGAAAAAAAAAACACAAAAUGAAGGAAUAGUUGCUUAUUGAGUGUUUUACUUUAAAAAAAAAAGAAAGAA